UUUUUUAAUUUUGAGUUGCGUAAUGUUGCAGUUUCUGUGUCUAGGUUAGAAAUGAGGUUUUACCAAAUCUCAAGUAUCCUGGUUUAAAAAUGGCUUGCGGAUUUGCAUUUUAAGUCUUAAUUUUGGACUUGUUUUGUUAGAUUGUUUAUUUCAAACGUUGCAAAAUUUUAUUUUAAGUCUAGUAAUCUUGUUUUAAAAUAUCUUGUUUUGAGUUUAUAAAGUAACCAAUAAACAAGCGCAAUUGAUUUAAGAAGCCAAUAAAGUUUUGCUAAAUCGUUUACACGCAUUUAAACUUAGCAAAUCUUUUUUGUAUUUAAAUUUCUUGUUUGUAUUUUAAAGUUAGUUUUAAAGUUAAAUUUAUUUAAAAGUAGGUUCAAAAAUAAAACUGCAAUUUAAAGAAAUCUUUUAAUAUCAAAGGUAAAUACUUAUGAUUAUUAUAUCUAGAGUAAUGUUUUAAACUGUUUAUAUUACAUAAGUUUUGAUUUGCAAUUUCUGAAGUAGAUUAAAAUAUAAAACUUUUCGAUGGAACUAAUGGUUUUACUCAAUUCCUGAGUUUCCUGAAUUCAUGGCCCCCAAAUCUUUUCAAAAGAGUUUUUUUUCUUUAUUUUUUAUCAAAGCAGGUUUUUAAUAGUAAGUUUUGAUAUUUUAGGUUUUUUUGAUGCUUUGGCCCCCACUAAAAACUCACGCCGUUGUCCAUUACUCUAAGUGUAAUACUUUAAUACAGUUUACAUAUAUAAUUAAUCUACAAAAAUGCCGAAAGUAAAGGUUGCAAUUACACAGAUGAAAAGUGAAAAAAAAGAUUGUGGCGGCCCAUGUGAACUAUCAACGACAGAUCCAAGCACUUUUAGACAGGUUAUUCAGUAUUCUUACUAUCUUAUUCAUAUAAAUCCAAAUGUAGAUAUCGUAUUAGUGACUCAGCAAAUUAGCAAUAAUAUAAAAUCAAUUUGGGCUACAGUAAACCCAAGAUUACCUCUUAUAACUGACAAAUCUAUUAAUAGGAAAGUUAAAGAUCUUCUCGUACUUGUUAAGGAUAUUAAUCGCAAGCACAGAAAAGCAAGCGCUAAAAGAAAUCUUGAUGCAAACUUGGUUAAACUUUUUGAUAUUUCUGCGUGUUCCUGUUCAUUAGAUGUGUUUCCCUGUAGUGACAGAAAAGUUUCAUGUUAUAAAGAAAAUUGCAUCGAAGAACAUAUUGUAUGCCUUUGUUCUCAAAGUAAUAAAGUACCUCUGGAAGACAGAGCUUAUCUUCGUGAUCAGAGGAAAAAAAUUGGUCCAAAAGGUGCAUAUCAACUUUCUUCCAUCGAUAGAUUAUCUGUCAAAAGGAUUCAAAGACUUGAUAAAGAAUGACAAAAAAUAUCUCAUAAGCUAGUUAAUGAAGAUGAAUCCCUCAUAGCACAAGUAAACUUAAUUGAAGAAACAAGUGGUUUGACCAAUAUGGAGGAUGAAGGUGAAUGGAAAAUACAACUUAGUUAAACUUCCAAGAUUUGCAAUGGAAUUAGUCAGAAAUGAGUGUUCGUCAAGCGUAGGUGCAGCCCUUGCAAAUGCUUUACUACAUUACAUAAAACAUCUCUUGAAAAAUGACAUUGAUAUUAAAGAUAUUUUGAUUGACAAAUGCAAGUUAGAUAGGGCCAAGUCAAAAGUAAAAAUUGUUAGUGAAAAGGUGGACUCAGAACAAAAAAAACAAGUAUAGUAAUAAACUUACCUCAAGGAGAAGUACUAAAAAAAUGCAUUGAACCUGAACAUCACCUCACAUUUACUUAUGAAGAUGGAAAAUUGAGUGGAAAUUAUUCGAUGCAUAGGACGAUUCCUGUCACCGGUGCUACAGGUUUAGUUCUUGCUACAGAAACGUUUAGUGUUUUACAAGAACAUAACAGUUUGGAAAGUAUACAAGCUGUUCUUCUUGAUAAUACUGCUACCAAUACUGGACCAAUAAGUGGCUUAGUGGUAAAACUAGAAGAGUUUUUAAAAAGAAAACUACAUCUAAUUGGAUGCGCAUUACAUCAAAAUGAUUUUCCGUUACGAGCUCUUUUUGUAAAACUUGAUGGUGACACAACUGGGCCAAGAAGCUUUAGUGGUCUACUUGGCAAAAGAUGUGCUGAAAAUAUUCAGGAUAGAAAUCAAGUUUUGUUUAAUCGUAUUGAAAACCUAAUUGUAGAUGGAUAUAUUCCAGAAGAAAUACUA